AUGCCGUGCCUGAAGCAGAACUUGCUGAUCCGGUUGUGCAAGCAAGCAGUCCAGGACAGCGUUGAUGACCGCGGUCAUGUUGUACAAGUGACUCGGCCACUCGAGCAACACUCCGAGAAAACCUUGAGUGUCCGUCCUCAAGAAAUCAUACAGCACCAUUUCAUAAAUAAUCGGGUCCAGCUGGAACUCUUCGCCCUUGAUACCAGGACAGAGUUAAAACAACAAAUGUACACAUUAAUUUUCCUGCUCAUCACCACGCUGGCAGCAACAGCGGCGGAAGAAUCAAUUUCCUGCUAUCCUUGCGAAACCAUCAAUCGCGAAGACACGAAAACGUGCCCAAAAUCACGCGACGACUGCGGAAAGUGCUUUGAAAUGUUUCACGAGAGCAACGGAGACUGCUUAAAAGAGGCAGUAAACAGGGGUAAGGAAAUUGUCGUCGAGUUCCCGAGACAACUAUCUUUUCAAGCGGCGAUUCCUACGGCAAUCAUCGUGUUGACUUUGGGCUGUUUCGCAAUUGGGGCAUAUUUCUGGCCCACGUCCAGCAGCGUGUGUCUGGUUAACAAAGCGCUUCUGGUUGACCCACCCGACAUGGACACGGACAAAGCACGCUUCCCGGAAUUCUCCACGGCAUUCAGGGCUUCUUCAAAUUUGCUUGACGAUUUCUGUGUAAUCGUGAACACGGGGCUCGAUGAUGGUCAGCAUCAACUUCUGCCCACGGGCUGGGAUGCAGGUACUAUUCUGGCUCACUUUCCCGGUGGGAUCCACGACGACACCUUCUUCUUUGGCCAUCGCCAUGAGAACCAGAUGAGAUCCAAGAUCCCCACCCCUGCUCAGCCCACCACCAGGAUCCACCAACGGAGCGAUUCCGCAAAUGAAGAAAUCCGUCGUGAACAUGCUGACUGCGGAAAACAUCGAUAG